UCCGGCCCCACCAGCGCACAGACAAUGACUUCAUGCGGAUUAUGCAUCUGAAGAAAGCACCCGCUCCCAGAUAGCCACAGGGGGAGGUAUCCAUGUGUUUGGCAGGGAAGCAGCCUCUCGCUCGCCUUCCUUCUCCUCCUCUUUCCUCCUCACACCCGGCAGCUGCCUCCUCUCCGCCGAUGGUCGCCUCCGGUCCCCCCGCCCGGCGCUGAGCGAGGCCCCGGCGCAUCCCCGCUCCCACGCUUGCACCAAGGUACCACCGAGGCUAUUUUUAUUCCCCUCCUUCUUUUCCGGUUCGCCCGCUCCCGUCUCCCCAACCCAGCGGCAAGAGGUGGAGGGAGCCUCGUCCCAGCCCCGGUACCCACGACGCAGCGGCAGCCACCGGCGCACAGCAGCAGGAGCCCAGCGCUGGCCGCGGCCGCCGGCUCCGCUCCCAGAGUGGCCACCCCGAGGUGCCAGCGCAGACCAUGAUGGACCUGAAGGUGGACGAGGAGGAGGUGGACAGCGGGCAGCCCGUGAGCAUCCAGGCCUUCGCCAGCAGCUCCACCCUGCACGGGCUCUCGCACAUCUUCUCCUACGAGCGGCUGUCUCUGAAGCGCGUGGUCUGGGCUCUGUGUUUCCUGGGCUCGCUGGCACUGCUCACCCUGGUCUGCACCAACCGCAUCCAGUACUACUUCCUGUACCCCCACGUCACCAAGCUGGACGAGGUGGCUGCCACCAGGCUCACCUUCCCUGCCGUCACCUUCUGCAACCUCAAUGAGUUCCGCUUCAGCCGGGUGACCAAGAACGACCUGUACCACGCCGGCGAGCUGCUCGCCCUGCUCAAUAACAGAUAUGAGAUCCCGGAUACCCAGAGCGCCGACGAGAAGCAGCUGGAAAUCCUGCAGGACAAGGCAAACUUCCGGAACUUCAAGCCCAAACCCUUCAACAUGCUGGAGUUUUAUGACCGGGCUGGUCACGACAUCCGCGAGAUGCUGCUGUCCUGCUUCUUCCGUGGGGAGCAAUGCACCCCGGAAGACUUCAAAGUGGUCUUCACCCGCUAUGGGAAGUGCUACACCUUCAACGCGGGGCAGGACGGGAAGCCCCGGCUCAUCACCAUGAAGGGGGGCACUGGCAAUGGCCUGGAGAUCAUGCUGGACAUUCAGCAGGACGAGUACCUGCCGGUGUGGGGGGAAACAGAUGAGACCUCAUUUGAAGCUGGGAUCAAGGUGCAGAUCCACAGCCAGGAUGAGCCCCCACUGAUUGACCAGCUGGGCUUCGGGGUGGCUCCCGGCUUCCAGACCUUCGUGUCCUGCCAGGAGCAGCGGCUCAUCUACCUGCCCCCUCCCUGGGGCGACUGCAAGGCUGUGGCAGGCGACUCGGAGUUCUAUGACACCUACAGCAUCACCGCCUGCCGCAUCGACUGCGAGACACGUUACCUGGUGGAGAACUGCAACUGCCGCAUGGUGCACAUGCCAGGCGAUGCCCCUUACUGCACCCCAGAGCAGUACAAGGAGUGCGCGGAUCCGGCCUUAGAUUUCCUGGUGGAGAAGGAUAAUGAGUACUGUGUCUGUGAGAUGCCCUGCAAUGUGACCCGCUAUGGCAAAGAGCUCUCCAUGGUGAAGAUCCCCAGCAAAGCCUCUGCCAAGUACCUGGCCAAGAAGUACAACAAGUCGGAGCAGUACAUCGGGGAGAACAUCCUGGUGCUGGAUAUCUUCUUUGAAGCCCUGAACUAUGAGACUAUUGAGCAGAAGAAAGCAUACGAGGUGGCUGGUUUGCUGGGUGACAUUGGAGGGCAGAUGGGGCUGUUCAUUGGGGCCAGUAUCCUCACAGUACUGGAGCUGUUCGACUACGCCUAUGAGGUGAUAAAGCAUCGGCUGUGCCGGCGGGGCAAGUGCCGCAAGAACCACAAGAGGAGCAACACGGACAAGGGUGUCGCGCUGAGCAUGGACGAUGUGAAACGCCAUAACCCCUGUGAAAGCAUACGGGGCCACCCGGCAGGCAUGACGUACGCAGCCAACAUCCUACCUCAUCACCCGGCCCGGGGCACCUUUGAGGACUUCACCUGCUAACCGACGUCUGGAUGUACAACCUGAGCUACCAAAGCCCUCCGGAGAGCUGCCCUCCUCCCUGCGAGCGCCAGCAGAGAGACACAUCUAAGGGGACCUUGCUCCUCGGCACGGUGGGACACGGACGAGAGCGACAGCCUCGGAUUUGGGGGCAGGCAGCCGGGUCGGGUCAUGCAGCCCCUGUGGCAGCUGCUCCGUGCCUGCCCCGCUCCUUCAGAGACUCGAGGAUGCUCCAGCCCGGCCACCCUCAUGGUGCGGGCAGUGACACGCACAGGGGGCUGGGGCACGGGCCUGGACCGGUCCCUCCCCUCGGCUCCCCUCGGCCUUUUUAACUAGAACCCAGAAGCCAAGAAGAAGCAGCCGUUUGGCCGCAGUCUCCAUCCACAGCCCUGUCUGUCCGUCCGCCCAUCGCCUCCAUGCUCAUCCUGCUCCAACGCCUCGGCCGGUGCUUGCUGGGACCCCCAUGCCAUGCUGUGCACUGGGAUCGCAGUGCCCCGCAGUCAGCCCUUGCCUGGGCGCUCCCAGCCACUCCAUGUGCAUGAAGAUGGGGCACCUCCACCUCUCCAAAACGUCUUCCUCGGCAUCCUGCCCCAGGGACGGCGGUGCUCAGCCACCCAGCUUGCUGGCUGGACACAAGCACCACAGGGGACACGGCCAUGGGGUGCCACUUUGGCACUGAAGACCCCGCUGCCCAGACGCUCAUGAUGGUGUAGUCUCCCUGCCUGUCUCCCCUGGGUUCCAUACAGCCUGGCCAGCACCAGCCCUGCCCCACAGUCCCUCCUUUCCCUGGGGAACCUGGGGCUACCCCGUGCGGCCCCCAAAACAGCCAUCCUUGGGGCAGAAAGGCAGCAGGAAAACUGAACCCCAUUUCAGCUGCAGCCACUGACCCGGCUCAGCCAGGGGUACCACAACGGAUGCUCCUUUGGCACCACUUUAGCCAUGCGUUGGAGCCCCACCACCAAAGGGGUUCCCAGG